CUCACAAACUAUGACUUCAACUUAAUAAGAAUCAAACCCUCUCUCUUAUAAUCUCCACACACCUUUCUUUUUCUUUAAAACAAAUUUGUGGGCAUGAAUACUAUUGUUAGAGCUAUAGAGGACUCUCCUUUGAUACUCAUCUAACCACUUUCUUUAUCUCUCAAACACUUUCUCCUUAAUUUAUUAUUAUUAUUUAUAUCACAAUAUGGAAGAAGAAGUCAUUUGCAAUGAUGCUAUAGGAAAUUCUAGGGUUGUUGAAGUUCCACAUUCUUCUUCUUCUCGAGUCAUGUCUUUUAAUGGAAAACGACUAAUUAUGGAUGAGGUUGAUUUCUUUGCAGAGAAGAAAAUGAGUCCAGUUAAUGACCUAACACUACACCAAAUGGAGCAUCAUCACGUAGAUACUAGUUUAGAUCUUCUCACAAAGAUUUCUCCUAGCAACAAACUGGAUGAUAGAGAAUAUUCCAAUGCAAGGAACGAAAAUGAGUAUGCUGUUGUGGUAGCUAAAUUGCACGAAACGAAUGCUGAAAAUCAACGUUUAAGAGAGCUAAUUGAUAGGCUUAGAAUUGAUCACAAUGCCCUAGAAGAGCAUAUUAUGCAGCUGAAGCAGAAACAGAAUAAACAUGAGACUAAUGAUGAAGCAACUGAAGAAAAGAAUGGUAUGAAUAUGAUUCUAAGGCCAUUCUUGAACAUGGGUGAACCUUCACAAGAGAGAAAAAACAUGGUUGACUUGAUGGAGUGCGAUAAAAAGAGUACUCAAAAGUUAUGCAACAAUGGAGUUAUACAAGAGAAGACUGAAAGGGAAGAAGAUCAUCAUGAGAAUUCACCAUCUAAUAAAGCAUUAUCAAACCAAGUUCCAAGACUGAAUUCUUUCAAUGGUGUUGAUGAUCAAGCAUCAGAAUCAAUGAUCAAGAAAGCUCGUGUCUCGGUUAGAGCAAGAUCGGAAGCUAAUAUGAUUUCAGAUGGAUGUCAAUGGAGAAAAUAUGGACAGAAGAUGGCAAAGGGAAACCCAUGUCCAAGAGCUUAUUAUCGUUGCACAAUGGGGACUGCUUGUCCAGUUCGGAAGCAAGUUCAAAGAUGUGCUGAAGAUAGAAGUGUUUUGGUAACAACAUAUGAAGGACAACAUAACCAUGCUCUACCACCAACAGCAAAAGCAAUGGCAUCAACAACAACAUCAGCAGCAUCAAUGCUACUUUCAGGACCAAUGACAAGUGUAGAUGGUUUAAUAAAUCCAACAAUAUUAGAAAGUGGAUCACUCCCUUGUUCACACACCAUGGCAACACUCUCAGCUUCAGCUCCAUUUCCAACUAUCACGUUAGAUCUAACUGAAGAAGCUAUCAAUAAUUCCUCACAAAAACAACUACAACAAGGACAGUUUAACCUCCUUCAUCCCUUUUUGGCUCAGAAAUUUAUGUCAGGUUCAAAUAUUUUUGGAAUGGAAAAUGCUUCAUUUGUUGAUACAGUUAGUGCUGCAACAGCUGCUAUGACUUCUGACCCGAAAUUCACUUCUGCUUUAGUUGCUGCCAUAACUUCCAUCGUUGGAAGUAAUUCAAAUCCAAAUAAUAAUGGUACUACCAAUGGUACAAGUGGAGACCAGAAUUGCAAUAAAUCAUAAUUUAAAGACUUCACUUGCAAUAUUAAGCAUGGUUUUAAAUUGCAGUCCGCGACCGCAAUUUUGGCAGCCGUAUAAAGAUUUCUGAGCUCUCUUUAUUGGCAUCGCAACUAAAAUUUUGGCUGUAUGUGUCGGUAUUUUUACUAUAAAGGUUAACAGCAUAACUGCAACUGCGGUUGCAACCACAAUUUAAGACUGUGUUGGGAAUGGGUAGUUUUUUUAUUUUUCCUAUCCUCUUGGAUAGAUGGAGAACUUAUUUCCAGUCAUUCUUUAGGAUUAUAAUGAUCUCACAUUGAUUAAUUGUUGCCUUUACUAUUCAUUUGAA